AUGUCGGAAACAGCCGAUGCCGUGAGGAACACGGUUGCUGGCCCCGCAGCGGCUGCCGGCGAUUCGGAGAAAGGACCGAACAGGAAGGGGGAAGCGGGGGUGUCCGAGGAAACCCGCCAGUGGUCUGCUGAACAUGAUCUUGUGUAUCCGGAAGGAGGAUGGACGGCUUGGUCCCAGGUCCUUGCCGGCAACAUGCUCAACGCUCUUGCCUGGGGCUACCCAGCAACAUUUGGCGUUUACCAGCUAUACUACACCCAGAAGCUGAAUUUGCCCUCGGCCCAGGUCUCGUGGAUCGGCUCCAUUCAGAUAUUCCUGACUUUUGCGAUUUGCACCAUUUCUGGCCGGUUGACUGAUGCCGGCUACGCACGACAGGCAGUAAUGGUGGGGUGCACUGUCGUUGUCUUUGGCACCUUCAUGACCAGUUUGUGCACCGAGUAUUGGCAGAUCAUGCUUGCCCAAGGUAUCUGUACCGGCAUGGGCUUGGGCGUCCUGUUCAUGCCAAGUGUCGCCAUCAUUGGGUCCUACUUUAAGGAGAGGAGAUCUUUGGCUUUGGCGAUUUCUGCCACGGGCACUGGCGUUGGCAGCCUGAUCUUUCCCUCGACACUGCAGUAUCUCAUUCCUCAAAUCGGCUUCCCCUGGGCUGUGCGCUGCUCAGCCUUCGUCGCGCUCGCUGUUUCUAUCAUCGCAAACGUACUGUUACGCCCGCGACUCCCACCGCGAAAGUCGGGUCCUCUUGUCGAGUGGGCGGCAUUCCGAGAAGGUCCAUACAUCUUGUUUGCACUAGGCGUUUUCCUCUACUUCAUGGCGUUGUACUUCGGCUUCUUUUAUAUCAAUACCUACGCGCGAAACGUCGUUGGCUUCUCAACGACCGAGUCAGUGUCCCUACUUCUCAUCACCAACGGUAUGGGCAUCCCAAGCCGACCGGUUGUCGGAUACGUGGCUGAUCGUCACCUUGGUCCGAUCAAUACUUUCAUGUUGAUGACGUUCCUUCUGGGAUGCAUGGAGUUUGCCUGGAUAGGAGUAAAGACGCGGACUGGCAUGUACAUCUUCAGUGUCUUCUUUGGCUUGUCCAAUGGGGCGGCACAGGGCGUGUUUGUAGGGGCCUUGGCAAGUCUGACGUCUGAUCCGCAGAAGAUGGGCACACGGUUCGGCAUGAUAGCGACAUUGUCGGGCUUUGCGUCUCUGGCUGGACCGCCAACAGCUGGUGCCAUUAUCGAUAGGUCAGGUGGGCAGUAUCUCUGGGCUCAGGUCUGGGGUGGAGUGGUAAUCAUAGCAGGCUCGCUGACACUUGGAGCGGCGAGAGUAGCAAAAACGGGAAAGGCUCCGAGAGCCAAGUUGUGA